CGAAACAACCAAUAUACUGCGAGUGCGACUAAUUGACUUGUAUGCGUGCAAUCACGACGAUUUCAUGAAGUAACGAUUACAUGCACCGAUACAAUACCUGCGCGAAUAGUAUAGAUACGACACGACUUUACAAUGCCUCGAAGACCAAUAAUAGAAGAGUCCUCGGACGGCGAAGCAAACAGUUCGUCGAACUCGAUACCUCCAGAUGACCGUUUAGAGGAAGCAUUACGAGAUACUGUCGCGAAUAUCUUUCGAACGGGGAAAUUAGAAGAAUUGACAGUCAAGCGCAUACGAUUAGCGACGGAGUCUGCAUUGGGUUUGGAUGAGGGAUUCUUCAAGACACGUGGAGAUUGGAAGGUUAGGAGUGAACGGAUAAUUAAAGAGGAAGCUGAAAGACAGGAAGAAGCGCGAGAACAUGAAGAAACCCACAAAUCUCCCGCACCGUCACCUGAGCCACCGAAAUCAAAGAUGAAAAAGGCAGUCAAGCGGGAAUCAGAGGAAAACACAUCCGCAAAGAAGAAGCGCCGAAAAGUCAGCAGUGAGGUAGAAUCACGAGAGACGACUGCUCAGCCAGUGGAAGACGAAGAAGUCGAAGGAAAAGAAGCCAAAAGUGCUUCCCCACAACCUCCUAGCGAAGAAGCAGCGGCUGAAAGAGGCGAACAAUCCGAGAGUGAAAUGUCGGUAUUACUUGACGAGGAACCACCAAAGAAACAACGACCCAAGAAAGCAGCGACCGCACCAAAAGCGCGAAAUCCAAAGACCACGUCAAAACCAACUACCGACUCAGAUCCAGAUCAAGCGGAAAUCAAGCGUUUGCAAGGAUGGCUCAUAAGAUGUGGUAUUCGGAAGAUGUGGGCACGCGAAUUGGCGCCGUAUGAUACCCCGAAGGCGAAGAUUAAACGUUUGAAGAAGAUGCUGGAAGAGGCGGGUAUGAAGGGUCGCUAUUCCCUUGAGAAAGCUCGGCAAAUCCGAGAGGAAAGGGAGCUUCAGGCGGACUUAGAGGCUGUCAAGGAGGGUGCUUCCAGAUGGGGGACAGGAAGGGGACAGGAUGAGAGCGGAUCUGAAGGGAGACCUCGAAGACGGUUGAUGAAAGGUCGUCAAAGUCUGGCAUUUCUUUCUGACGAUGGAGAAGAAACCGAUUGAUGCAUCGUGUCGGUACUAUAUGAACUGAUUCUUUCGUCCAUUGUAAUUGUGUUAAUAAUAGUCAGACAUAUUCAGUGUAUGCAGCUAUUUUUCCUCCUUUCACUUUGGGCCUUUUCCUCCGCUGAUUCGUUGCGCAACUAUA